AUGGAAGAAUCAUUAGCAUCAUUACCUCCAACAAGACCAGCACUGCAAGAACACACGAAAUGGGUUUACUACCAAAUUCAAGAAUGGUUGGGAAACCAGUUGGAACCUGAAAAUUGGGGGUGGAAGAAAUGUGGAUUCAUCACUGGAAACAUAAUACUCCCAGCUAAUAUGUCUCCAGUGAUGAAUCCAGCGCCGCCAGCUCCAGAAGAACUUUUAAAAUCAAUUCAUUGUAGUUGUCAGAAGUGCGACACAAACCGAUGCACUUGUAGAAAGAGCGGCAUUAGGUAUAGUGAAUUAUGUAAAAACUGUGAAGGAGAAAUAUGUGACAACCGAUCAUUAAAAGAAGUACAAAAUUUAUCAGCAGAUGACGAUGGGGAUGAAGGAGAAAAUAAAGUGGAAGACUCACAAUUAGAUGAACAUCAGUCAGAACAUGAAGAAGAGGAAGAAGAAUUAUUCGACGAAGUGGCUGUCGAAAAUCCUAUGAAAUUUGAUGAAAUGGAGUUGCAUUUAGAUUUGCCCAAACAUGUCGGAUUCAGAGGAUGA